AUAAAGAUGGCCGCUGUUUCAAACUUAAAAAGUAAACUUAUCAUCUCGAACGUUGUUUUUGUCAGAAGUUAAUGAAACUUAAACUUAAUGUCAGGACAUUUAAAAAAAAAAUAUUGCUUUAGCCCUUGGACCCAAGCGAGAAUAGUCUCAAAGGGGUAAACGGAAUUUCCACUUGAAAUAGAAAGAUUUUUUAAAAUCUCAUUUAAAAAAUUCAAUACGGUUGAGAAAAAAGUAUGGAACCCCAAGGCUCUGAUGAUUCUUAUACCUUAAAUAAAUAUUUUGAUUUGAGAGAAUCAUUUUCAGAACCUACAACACCACUACUCAAUGGAUUUAUUAUCCGUAACUUGAAAUGCAUGCGUAACCAGAGAAUGAAUGUACAGUGUAAGAGAUUUGCAAAGAAACACUAUUUUAUGAAAGGUACAUCUUGUCAGGGUGCGUACUUUAAAAAAUUUGUAGAAGCUGUUUCAGACCUGUUUCAUCAACUCCAGGGCCUCUUAAGAUUUAAGAAAACUGUUAGAUGGAGUGAAAUUGUGGAGCUCUUUAAUACUCCUUUUGCUUUUCAGCCGUCACCAAAGUGUACAUCAUUUAAGCAAUUAUAUAAUGAAAAUCUUGCCCUUAAAGCACUUAAGCCAUUGGAAGAGGCAAGACCUUCAGUGUCCCAGGAUGGUUGGCCAGAAGCCACUUCUACUUGUAAAGAAAACCAGGAAAGUAAUUUUGACUUAAAUGUUGAAGGUAAACUUGAGAAUUCAUCUGAAUUAAGAAAAGAAAUAUGUCCCAUGUGUGAUAGAAGAAAUAAAAAAAUUCUUAAGAGGAAAAAGUGGAUUGAAUUCCUGACCAACAAAUGUGACCCUUCUCAGUUACCUAACAUUAACACUUUAAGGACCAGAAUUAGUAGAGCUGACUUGAAAAUAGAAGCGUUGAAAUUAAAAAUAAAAGCCAAGUUUGAUAAUGAACAAGAGCGGCAUCAACUAGAGAUUGAACCUCUAGCUAAAGAAUUAAAGUAUCUACAAGACAGCUAUGCUGAGAUGCAAGUUAAAUAUCAGAAUGUUGUACAGGAGCAUCAGGAGAAACAGCUUGAAGCAAAAAGUGAGCUGUCUUGUUCCCAAACUGAGGUAGACAUGCUCAGGGUAGAACUAGCAAGAGCUAAAGCUGAAAACAAGUUGCUUUUGCGCGAGAGAGAAAGAGUAAUUGAACAGUAUGAAGUACUGGUCCUUGAGGGGGCCACUGAUUCUGAAAGUGAUUAGCAUAAUUAUUAUGCUAAUCACUUUCCAAAACCAUUUUCUUUUAUUAUUAAUUAAAUAAAAUUGUUUUGGAAUUCUAUAGGCAAAUGUAUAACAAAUGGUGAAUUAGAAAAGAGCAAAUGAUUUUGUUUUUAUAAAUAAAAAUAAUGUGUUACAUAAAAGCAUGUAUAUUUCUGUUUCAUGCCUUUUCCAGUUCUAUUCUUUAACUAAUUGCAAUAUUUUAAUUUUGAUUUUUCCCAACACCUGACCAUUUGGUAUAAAUCUAUAAUUUUGUUACAUUAAAUAGACCAACUUGUGAUCUGUUAAAAAGGAAUGUAAAAUGACAGAUUUUUUAAUUACCUACAUACAUCACUUCACUAUAGGUACACAUCAAGAAAUGUGUUUUAAAAAAGACAGUUUUUGCUACUGAGAGAGGGCAAUAUAAGUUUUUUUGUUAGUGUUUAUGUUUAUUUUAUUAUAACAAACCCUUUCAUUGCACCAGUGGUAGAUUUAGUUUAAGAAUUUGUUUUUAAACUUGAUUCAAUGCAAAUCUUUUUUACUAGUACUGAUUAAAACACACCAUGGCCAUUUAUGAAGAUACAUUUUUUUUAUAAAUAGAAAAUAGCAACAUUCUAUCCAACCUAAACUUAGUAACUGAGUUGUUUGAGAAAUAAAAGGUGAACAAAAGCUGAUUGUACAUUUUUUUUGUAUCAACACUUGGUGUGGUCCACAUUAUGGGCUAUAACUCUCUUUAUACAUUCAACUUUUUGUUGAAGGUUAGUUUAUUAAAGUUAGUUGAUGCUUAGUGGCAUUGAUAUGAAUUUUCCUCGUGAUUUGUCAUCAAAUAAUGAUUGUUUUUGCACAUAAGCUGCAUAAAAUUUAUUUUUUCAAGAGCCACUCAACCAUUCAUCUUGUAAGACUAUUGGCAUUUACUGCUACGAGAGAUAAGGUGAUGUCAUUCAUUUUUCCUUUCACAUUUUAUUUAAUGAUGUACAAGAAUUACACUAAAGAAAGUUUAAAUGAUAACAUAAAGCAUGUUGUUGAUUUGCUGUUGCUGUAUAACAUGUUAAUUACUAAGUAAAAAAAAAAACUUUUAUGAUGGUAUGUAUACCAUCACUGUUGUAUCAAUUUUAGUUAGUAACCUAAGUUAACUGGAGUUUUUUUUAAUAAACCAACAUUGAACUUAUGCAUAUUUAUAAUUCAACUAUUAGACUUAUUUAAUAAUCACCCUUAAAAAUUUCUUUAAAAAUGUUUGCUGUUAGUUUUUAAAUUUUAAGUGCAACAGAAAAUAUUGCAAUGCUCAAAAUUUGUAAACAUCCAGCUUUGUAUCAUGUUCUAUCUUUCAUGUGCUAACAAUACGAUUCACAUGUUAUGUUUAAUUCAUUUUUAAAAUAAGUUCAACUACAUAGAUCAAUUUUGUCCUUAUGUUAGUACUUUUAUUUGACAAAAAUGGCUGAGUUGUGUUUUUAAAAAACAUUUCACUUUAUUUUUAAAUUAUCUUUUUUUCUUGGCUUAAAUGAUACAUUUCUAUUCUCAAUAAAAAUCUGUUCCUCCACAUAUUUCUUUUUAAAAAUUUACUUUAUUAUUUCAAGAGGUUUUGUUACCAACUUUUGGAAUAUGUGCUCACACUGUAUGUACUUACCUAAUGAACAGAGUGGCCUAGCGGUAGAGCGCUAGACUGCUAACCCAGAAGUCUCGAGUUCGAAUCCAGGUUUAAGUUGGUGGAAUGUCCCUGAGUCCACCCAAUUAGUGAAAGUAAAGGCAGCUGGUGAUAGUGCUGACCACAUCUCAUCUUAUGCCAAGGUCAAGAAACUUAUGAACUCUACUUCAUCUGCCCAAUGGAUCGCUAAGUCUAAAGAGGCAUCUUUUUACUUUACUUACAAUUUCUGUAAGAUAUAAUUACUAUAAUCCUUUAUGCAUGAUAAGUAUAAUAUGAUUAUUUUAUUUUCGUCAUGUCAUAUUAUGA